AUGCGUGUGAAGAGGGAACUUUGUGACCUGGAAAUACAAGUGGGUAAAGUCAAGAUUGACGCUCAUAAGGUCAUCCUCUGUAGCUGCAGCUCGUACUUUCGCGCUCUCCUUACUGGACCCUGGGCAUCCAUCAAAAAGCAGAAGUACACCAUCCCCGGGGUGUCGUCUGAGAUGAUGAGCCUCAUCAUCAACUAUGCCUACACCAACUCUGCUCCUGUGACGGAGGAUAACGUGGUGGAGCUUUUGGCAGCUGCAGACCAGCUCUUGGUGACGGGGUUGGUUCAGAGCUGCUGGUUCUUCCUGGAGGACCAGCUGUCCCCGAGGAACUGCAUCGGCAUCUGGAAGCUGAUGAGUGUCUACUACAUGCCGGAGCAGAGUAAAAAAGUCUUCCUCUACAUCCUGCACAGCUUUAAGGAGAUAGUGUCUGUCUCCCAGGAGCUUGUGAAUCUCUCUAUUGAGCAGCUGACCACCAUUAUUGAGAGCGACCACCUCAACGUGAGCGAGGAGUACACAGUGUUUGAGGCGAUCCUCAGCUGGAUUAACUACCAGCCAGACCAGAGAAAAGGUCACAUCUCUGAGCUGCUGUCCAAGGUGCGGCUAGGCUUGAUGAACGUGUAUUAUCUCCAAAAUGUGAUGGACAACGAUGUGGUGAAGAAGAGCAUCAAAUGUUUUCCCAUCCUCGAUGAGGCACUGAAAGUGUCUCUGAAUUUUAGUAGAUACUCAAAAUCCAUCUACAAAAAUAUGCUGAGUCGACCCCGCCUGCCCUCCACCAUCUUACUGGUCACCGGAGGCGAAGGAGACGGUGUACACGCCACCGACCUCGAGGCGUACGAUGCCCGCGCUGACUGCUGGGUCACUGUCAGCGCUGGUCAGAUCCGUCGUGCUUACCACGGUGCUGCAGUCCUCAACAACGUUGUGUACUUAAUUGGAGGCAUCUGCACUGAUCUUUACCUUAAUACUGUGCAAAAGUUUGACCUUGUGACUCGCACGUGGCACCAAGUGGCCCCCUUGAACUUCUGCCGCGGCUACGUCUGUGUUGUUGUGCAUAAUGAGUGCAUUUACGCCAUUGGAGGCUACAAUGGAGUGACUUGCUUUAACAGUGUCGAGUGCUACAGGCCUGAGAAUGACCGCUGGACCAUGGUGGCACAGAUGCACUCAAGGAGGAGUGGGGCCGGCGCCACUACUCUAAAUGGCAAGGUGUAUGUUUGCGGGGGUUAUAACGGGCAUCGAAGCCUCUCCACAGCUGAAUGCUACGACCCAGAUUUCAACCAGUGGACCCUUAUCUCUGCCAUGAGGACCAGCCGCAGUGGCCUGGGGGUCGCUGCCUACAGAAACCGCAUCUAUGCAGUUGGUGGAACAAUGAACGUGGAUAUCUCCCUGCACACUGUUGAGGCCUACAACCCUGAAACCAACAGUUGGAACUUCACACCAUCUAUGCUUUAUCCCCGCAGCUACUUUGACAUUGAGGUGGUGGACGACCAGCUCUUUUUGGUGGGAGGACACAGUGGCUCCUCCACUAUGUUGGAUGUGAACCGCUAUGACGACGAAGCCGGUAUGUGGUAUUACGUCUCUCUCGUGGAGACGCCCCGCAGCGGCCUGAGCAGCUGUGUUCUGCAAGGACUUAACAGUAUGGCGGAGGACUUGUUCCCUCGUGGUCCACUGACGCUCCCUAACUUGGAGGAAACUCCAGGAGCAUCCUUCUGAACCUCAGCUAUGACAAUUAACAAAAAUAAAGAAAAAUU